AUGAUGACGCGCCGAGCCCGGUCCUCCCUAGAAUCAGCUGAUGUUAGCAACACGACUACAAUUACAUCAGACACCAUGGAGCAAGACACGUUCAGCCACAACGGCCCCAUCGGGGUCGACUUCUCCGGUCCUUUGCUGACGCCAGAAGCUAGCCGUUCCGAAACUUCGAGUAAUCAUGAUCUCGCUGUUGCCGGAGAUGAGAAACCUGAGACACGACGACGUUCUGCGCGUGUUACGCGAUCAACAAUCACACCCAAAGACCGCACCGUUUCCGGAGAAACACUUGUAAACAGCGUUGCUGAGAGCCGCGCUUCCCCGUCGUCAGUGAAGAAUGACGCCAACCUAAACGACCACUCAUGGAGCCAGACAACUCUCAUGCGGGAUGCAGUGGACACUGACGAACAAGCACAUCUUGCAACACCCGUCUCGAAGCGAUCCGAAGAAGAAGAUGAAGCACCUCGACGGCGUUCCCUACGAGCUCGCACAGUGAAGGAGGAUGAUCAUAAGAGCAAUGAUAAGGGCAAUACGGAAGCUAAUAUGGAAGAGACCAAGUCGACCAGCAAGCCAGAAAAAGCUACACCACCGCGCCGCUCGUCUCGUCUUAGUUUGGUCACCAGAGCAGCUGAAGUGCUCGACAGAGCAGCCAGUGUUUUGGGGAAACGGUCUCGAGAUGCAAUGGAAAAGGUGGUCAUGAAGCGUCGCGCCAGUCUACGUCCUCGACACUCCCUACCUGCGAAAGAUGCGCUCGACAGUAGUUCUGAGCUUCCGGAUCCCAAGAAGCGCCGAGUGUCCGACGGUGAUCUACAAGUAAAGAAGAAAGAGCUGGAAGAAGAGGCAGCAAAGGCUGAUGAAGCAGAAAAACCAAUUGUGCCACAGUUCAAACAGAAACGAUGGCUGGAUCAAGGAAUGUAUACCGGACAGGAACGUGACUACGACCCGCGCUUGAACGAGGCGAAUAAUAAGAUCAGGGCUGCUAGGCGCAGAGCUGCUCCAGAGCCACAGCGAAAGCUUCUUCCUUUACCUAUGUUUGCGGGCGAACGAUUGAUCAAACUUGGUCGUGAUUUCAAGCUUCCUUUUGAUAUAUUCUCACCACUGCCCCCGGGUCAACCGAAGCCGGAUGAAUGGAAGAAGACGAACCGAAACGUGUUUGUUGGCGAUGCUGCUAGCUUUUGGCGAGAAAACAAGAAAAUCGAGCUUUCGACUUGCCUCUGCGAGGAAGAAACUGGCUGCGAUGAGGACUGUCAGAAUAGGUUUAUGUUCUACGAAUGCGAUUCGAGCAAUUGUCGUGUUGGACCUAACUGCGGUAAUCGGAGUUUUGAAGAGUUAAAGCAACGGACAAAGGCUGGUGGAAAAUACAACAUCGGCGUCGAGGUUAUCAAGACAGCUGAUCGAGGGUAUGGUGUACGCAGCAACCGUACAUUUGAGCCGAACCAGAUUAUUGUGGAGUACACAGGAGAAAUUAUCACACAGAAUGAAUGUGAACGGCGCAUGCGGUCGGUGUAUAAGAACAAUGAGUGCUAUUAUUUGAUGUAUUUUGACCAAAACAUGAUCAUUGAUGCAACACGUGGUUCUAUUGCGCGUUUCGUCAAUCAUUCAUGCGCUCCCAACUGCCGAAUGGAGAAAUGGACUGUGGGUGGGAAGCCACGUAUGGCUCUUUUUGCGGGCGACAGAGGCAUCAUGACUGGCGAAGAGCUUACCUAUGACUAUAAUUUUGAUCCAUACUCGCAGAAGAACGUACAACAGUGCCGCUGUGGAGCUCCAACCUGCCGUGGUGUUCUUGGGCCACGACCCAAGGAACGCGAAAUCAGAGAGUCCAAAGCCGAGCAAAAGAAGGAAGCUCUACAGAAGAAAGCCAAAGGCGCUCUAGCUGGAACCAAGCGCAAGCUAGGAGGUGUGCUAGACGAAUCGACCUCUGCUCUCAACAAGAAGCGGAAGACCAUCAAAGGCACAUCAGUCAAGACAACCAUUUCCAAAGCAGUGUCCAAGGCCAAAUCAGCAUUGAAGGGCAAGAAGGCCGCUGUGCAUGUUAGGAAGAAUGUUACCGUCACGAAGGCAACCAAGACAUCAAAGUCCACGACGAAAUCGAAGACGAUUAUCAAGUCAAAGGUCACCAAGGUGGCCACAGCAGCCAAAGCAUCAUCUAAGGUGAAGAUCCAACAGGUGACGAAAAAGAAGCCUGUUGCUACUAAGUCGACUGUCAAAGAGGCCAAAGCCGUGUCAGGAUCGGAGAGAGUUCGGAUUCGAUUUAAAGCUACGGCUCGUCGGUCUACCAGCUUUAAGAAAGGCACACAAACACUGAAAGCAAAGCGUCCUGCUAAGAAGAAUACACCUGCUAAAAAGACGCCCUUGAAGAAGACGCCUAACAAGACGCCCAACAAGAGCCCUGGCGGAAGCGUCAAAAGCAAAGCAGCUGCCACCAAGGUUGGCAAGAAAUAA